AUGCCGUCUUUACAAUCAAUAUUCUUCUUAAUAAUAUACUUGGUGAAGUCACUAAAAGGUAACAUUGAUCAGAGGAGCUACCGUGCCGCUCAUUGGGAUGGUUUGUGCUCGAAGGGAAAGAGACAAUCACCCAUCGACCUGGAUAUUGGAAGAGCAAUAGUUAUGCGCUGGACACCUAUUCAAUUUCAUAAUUAUGACGUUAUUGGCUGCGUAGUAGCCUCCAGUAAUGGGCAUUCAGAACUCGCGAAGGAAUUUCGGUCUUCGAAGAAGCAGCCGUACAUAACGGGAGGUGGAUUGGGUGGAAAAUACAUUUUACAACAAUUCCACUUUCAUUGGGGUGGCAAUGAUAAUAGUGGUAGCGAGCAUACUCUUGGAAGACUUCAUUUCCCAAUGGAGAUCCAUUUUGUGCACAUUUUGGAUGGUUACAACGCAACAACUGCGAUGGGGGUUCCGGAAACCAUUGCUGUGGUUGCUGUUCUAUUACAAGUAGCAAAAAAAGGGAAAGCUUUGAUGGAUUUAGAAAAAGCGUUCGAUAAUGCUAACUUAACAAAUUCACAGACGGGGACUAUAGGGUACAAUCCGCACGCCCUACUACCGAAGGACACAGCAACAUUCUUUCGAUACGAAGGAUCAUUGACAACUCCUCCAUGCUCUGAAGGUGUGAUAUGGACUGUCUUAGCGGAACCAAGUUAUGUUUCAAAGCAACAGCUUGAACUUAUCCGACAUCACCUUGCUACUGAUGGACGUGUUCUUCUACACGGCUGGAGAGAAAUUCAACCUCUCCACGACAGGCCUAUAUAUCUCAACAAACUCAAGCUUCUCGUCAGUUCUGUGAAAGUCGAAGAUGUCGCUCCUGUCUUGUGUUUCCUGCUAAUCACGUUCACAAUUAUUUUAGUUUCUAUACAUUAUAUGAAUUUCGUGGAUAAGAUUAGGUGA